UGGUCUAUCUCGAGUCUCGACCUUGCCACAAAAGCCCUAAGCGUCCCCUAUCUUUCUCUCUCUACCAGGAGGAGGAACCGAGGAAGAAUAAUAAGAAGGAUGGAGGAGUGAGAGUGGAGGGUUUGCUCCACCCUUUUAAGGAAAAAAUCAAAUCCAUUGGCCAUCUCAGAAAUCAAAGCUACCAAAAGAGCCACGCAAGUGUGCUGCCUCAACCUCAGGAGCUUCCUCGUCAUGCAGCAAAGAGAAAAUAAAGGAGAGCAGUCCACUCACUCUGAUCCCAUCAAUCUCGUCACACUUCCUUAAUCUUCUUUUCCUUCCCCUUCUUCUGCUCCUCCAUAUCUCCACCUCUCUCUCUUUCUUCGACAAAUUUUCUCUGUCGAUCUGGAGGUAUAGUGAGUGUGUACUCAUCAGGAAACCUAAAGGCUGGAACAACUACUCGGAUAGAUGAACUUCAUUGAAGCCAAGAGACGAGAAGGCGAUCCCUCCAUCACCACCUUCGAUCUCCAAACCCAAGCCCUCAAGUUUCCCAUGGACUCCCUCCAACAAUUUAUGGACGCUUCUUGUCACUCCGAAAACAAACAAGCCGCCUCCGCCGCCAGCGCCACCACCUCUUCCACCAACUCCAGCAGCAGCAGCAGCCGCUACGAGAACCAGAAGCGCCGCGACUGGAAUACCUUCGGUCAGUACCUCAGGAAUCAUCGCCCCCCACUCUCACUUUCCAGAUGCAGCGGUGCACACGUACUUGAAUUUCUAAGGUACCUGGACCAAUUUGGUAAGACCAAAGUGCACACACCGAUGUGUCCGUUUUACGGGCACCCUAACCCUCCGGCUCCAUGUCCGUGCCCUCUUCGGCAAGCGUGGGGCAGUCUGGAUGCGCUUAUUGGUCGGCUGCGAGCGGCUUUCGAAGAGAAUGGAGGCAAGCCGGAAGCGAACCCGUUCGGAGCUCGGGCUGUGAGGCUGUACCUGCGCGAGGUUCGCGAUCUGCAGUCCAAAGCGAGAGGGAUUAGCUAUGAGAAGAAGAAGCGAAAGCGCCUUCCUCCUCCACAGCAGCAGCAGCAGCAGCAGCAAUCAUCUGUGUUUCUACCUCCAGGUGCAACUCAUCAGUAAUCCAUUAACUUGUUUAAUUCAACCCAAUACUCUGCCUCUGUGCUCUAUCUCUCUUAAUUCCAUCUUCUUCUUCAGUACUUUUCCCCACUCUCUCUCUCUCCCCCCGCCUCUGUCUCUGGGCAUAGGCACUGUUUGUCUUUGUAUGAUGUUUCCUCUGGCAGAAGCAAAAGGGUUAAAGAUCAUCUGUGAUAUCAUGAAUCUGCUUUUGAGGCAAACAGUAGUAGUAGACUGCUAGUUCGCGUGGGGGUACUCAAAAUGGUAUUUACUAUUUAGAGUCUGAGAGUGAAUGUGCAUGGAGCUUGGGCUUCGUAUCCUUUGCUAGCAACAAAAGGAAUAUGUGUCGUUAUUAUUCAUAUAUACUUCUAUGUACUUCAAUACCAUCAUCUCUUUGUCAAUCUUGGACAUGGUGGAGAUUAAUAUUUUGCGUCUUUCACAUUUCUUAUUUUUGCUAUUUUUGUAUAUUUGAAACCAGUUUAAUUAAUGUCAAGUCGAUAGUCCUUCAUGUCU